GUGAAAUCAUCACUCAGUAACUAUUUUUUUCCAGAUGGUUAAAAUCUUCGAAGAUUUGUAUCCGUUUCAACAUGCUAUAACUCAUGGAUAUGAAAGUAAGCAAGUCUCUGAUGUGAAGACUUGUGAUGAUGACGAGAAGACGCAAACAGAAAAUGACGUAGCUGUCAUAUUUGAAAAACUGAGCAGUACACAUGGAGCUGAUAAGGUAGCCGAAGAAGAAUUUCAUAAAGUGUUGGCUGAUAUUGACGUGAGCACAGUGUCGCCUCAUUUGCUUGAAUUUCUUGAAGACAGGAAAAAAGAAUGCCUGGAAGUGUUUCAGCAGUUUGACGAAAUAGUUGGUCUUUGCGAAGAGGUAGCGAAUAAAUAUAUUUGAAUCGCGAUCACACUGUUUAACAUGAAAAUUGUUUUUUAGAUGAAAAUAUUAAAAUAACGAAGUUGUAAUUUUUUUUGCUCGCAUCAAGCUAAAAUCCACGUUUUAUUAUUGUUACGCACAUUGUCACGGGAGAAAC